AUGGCCACCCCACCAGCCUUCGCAGCAGGCCUACAGCCCCCCCUCUCCGCCAUGCGCAGCACGCUCCCCCAGCCCCCGCCUUUCGAAUGGCAGCCUACAGAAGUCCCCUUCUACGCCCGCCGCCCGCCGCCGUUCAUCCGCGUCCGCGCGCUGGGGCACGUGCUCGCGCGUCUCGGCAUGACGGAGGAGGAGGCGCUCGCCAUGGGGUCGCGGUACAGCAACUGGUUUAUCGAGGCGCUUGAGCGUGGCGAGUGGCGCCGGUUCGCUCCCCAGGGGGUGGUGUACCCACACCAGCCGGUGUACGCCGAGCCGGCGGUUAAGGACGAGCGUGACCGCUCUGCGACUCCCGAACCGCGCGCGGCGGGGGCAUACAUGUACGACGACGAGCCGCCCGUCAAGCGUGAGCCGCGCUCCCCGAGCCCCGCGGUCAAGGAGGAGCCUGGUGCCCCUUAUGUCAAGCAAGAGCGGGCCACGCCAGAGGUCAAGACUCAGCCUGAAUCACCAAAGGUCAAGACGGAGCCAGCCUCGCCGAAGGUCAAGUUGGAACCCACCUCGCCAAAAGUCAAGCAAGAGCCCCGCACCCCGCACGCUUCCCCUCCUCCAGUUCCCGCUCGCACCCCAGGUGAAAUCAUCACCGCAGCAGCCCUACGCGCAGCAGAGGAAGUCAGCGCGUCAAUGCUAAGCGGCGACUGGCGCGCCAUCACCCCGCAAACAGUGGCCCUGAACAUCGUGUAUGAAGUGCUGAGCGAGCGCGACAGCGUACGCCGCGAGGGAACACGGCGCAGUUUCCGCAAGUGGAUGCGCGCGCGUAUUGCGUCUAUCAAGGCCGCCGCGGAGGAUGCCGCCACCCUCCCCGCCCCGCCGUGUCCUUUCGACCAGGCCAAGCGUCUCUGCCUCGUCGCGCUCGAGGUCACCUUCUGCCUUGGUCGCGACGCGGCGGACGGCUGGCCGGAGUACGCGCGCCGCCCGUUCGACGUUGCGCGGCUCGGCGCGUAUGCCGCGUAG